UGCCAAGUGCUAAUAGUUAGUGCAAUCUAUAUCGGUUUACUGCCAUAGUUUUCCUAUUUCUGAUCAGUUAUAUUUGGGACACUGAACACUACAAGUCGACAUGAACACUCUAUUGAAUUUAUUCCUAUUAAUGAGUUUCUACUUCUUGGCUGUAACUCUGCACCUGGCUUUGUGCGAUGAUGUUCCAUCAGCCGAGGCAGACAUGGUUAUAACCCAAAGCGAACCACAGCACUCCACGCCCGAUGACUUUGAUUUUUGACCCCCGAUACCGAUACCAAAAGAACUCGAUAAAGCCCUAGAAUGGGUAAAUAAAUAAAUUAUCUAUCAGCA